AGUCAGGAGCACGGCAGGGCUGCAGCGAGCUGAGAUUUCUGGAGUCUGACCCAAGGCUCGCUGGUCUGAAUGCUGAGGAGGUUUGACUUUCUUAGACAGCCAGGGGGGACAGCAGAGGAUGCAGUCUGGGAGAUGAGUGGCACCAGGGAUGACAGCCGCUGUCAGAAGGCAGUUCACAUUGUCAGCGGGCUAUGCCGGAAGAAAAGCCUGCCUAGCUUGGACCUGGAUGUUUGCAGGGAAUUCCUCCUUCUGCCUUCAGACCAGAGCCUGAGUAUCUCCGAGCCAGAGCUCUCCGUCAGCCUCCUCGCGGUGAUAGUUGUUGUGUGUGGACUGGCCCUGGUGGCAGUUUUUCUGUUUCUCUUUUGGAAGCUGUGCUGGGUUCCCUGGAGGAAUAAGGCCAUUUCCUCUAACCUGGCCGUCUUGCAGAGUGAGGCAGCCUGUAAUAAGGAGAACAUGGCAGACAAGCUGAAGGACACGGGUACCAUAAGUUUCCUGGAGGCAGCUGUGAAGAUCAGCCACACUUCACCAGACAUCCCUGCGGAGGUCCAGAUGUCCAUGAAGGACCACAUCAUGCGGCGUACACGGAUCCAGAGGCAAACAACUGAGCCUGCAUCUUCUACCAGGCACAUCUCCUUCAAAAGGCACCUUCCUCGGCAAAUGCACGUAUCCAGCAUGGACUACGGCAUGGACCCACCUGCUGUUGCUGAGCAGCCAACCAGCAUAGGCCGCAUUAAGCCUGAACUCUAUAAGCAAAAAUCUGUUGACUCUGAGGACCCCAAAAAAGAGACAGCAAAAACCUGUGGAAAAAUUAACUUCACACUCAAGUAUGACUAUGAGAACGAGACACUGACUGUCCGAAUUCUCAGGGCUUUUGAUUUGCCAGCCAAAGAUUUCUGUGGCAGCUCAGAUCCCUAUGUGAAGAUCUACCUCCUGCCUGACAGAAAGCGCAAGUUCCAGACACGUGUCCACAGGAAGACUUUGAACCCCACCUUCGAUGAGUCCUUCCACUUCCCUGUGCCCCAUGAGGAGCUGGCAAGCAGGAAGCUCCACCUGAGUGUCUUUGACUUUGACAGGUUCUCCAGACACGACAUGAUAGGAGAAGUUAUCUUGGAGAACCUGUUUGAGGCCUCAGACCUCUCCCGGGAGACUUCCAUCUGGAAGGACAUUCAGUAUGCAACAACGGAAAGCGUGGACCUGGGAGAGAUCAUGUUUUCCCUUUGUUAUUUGCCAACUGCAGGUCGCCUCACCUUAACAGUCAUUAAAUGCAGGAAUCUCAAAGCUAUGGAUAUCACUGGAUACUCAGAUCCAUAUGUCAAAGUGUCUUUGCUCUGUGAUGGGCGAAGACUGAAAAAGAAGAAAACCACCAUAAAGAAAAACACACUUAAUCCCACUUACAAUGAAGCAAUAAUCUUUGACAUUCCCCCAGAGAAUAUGGAUCAAGUCAGUCUACUUAUCUCCGUCAUGGAUUAUGAUAGAGUGGGUCAUAAUGAGAUCAUUGGGGUUUGCCGUGUGGGAGUCAAUGCUGAAGGACUUGGCAGAGACCACUGGAACGAGAUGCUGGCAUACCCACGCAAGCCCAUUGCACACUGGCAUCCAUUAGUGGAGGUAAAGAAGUCUUUCAAAGAGUGGCAAGGCCGAGCAGCAAGCUUUGACAGCCAGGGGUCUUGUCCCUCUCCUAAACCACCACCCACACCCUGA